UAGGAAAAAAAACCACGCUUUCACGCUUUUUUUUAUGCGUGUGCAGGAUGGAAACAGGAGACAAUACAGUUCAUCAAGCGUGUAGAGUUGUAUAGUGCAGCCUCAGCGUUAAAUGCAACAACUUCACAACAGUCGACGUGAGAGAAGUGCAUCGCAGAGGAGAGAACCAAAGUUCACUGUUUGGAUUUUCAGCAUUUUGCAAUUGAAUUGAAUGGUUCUUAUUGGCUCUGUGGUCGACACACCUGUCCAUGCUACUGGGAAACUGGAUAAAGGAAACCCCCCAUUCCUCGUCUCCAGGAACCAGAUUCAGCAGAUUUCAACCUCUUCGAGCUUUUCAGUCUUCAUGGCAAACAAACAAGCAGACGACACGUUUCCAGGAAUUAAAAAGUAGGCUACGUGCUGGCAGUACCGCAGCUGGAGACGGUGCACCGGGGUCUAGCAGUCCAGCACGGCGCUGCCUGGGACGGGAUUUUACUGUACAGAUAUUCUUUUUUAACAAGCAGAGAUGAAGAUGCUGGGGGUCUGGAGGAUCCUGCUCUCGCACAUGUGCAGCAGCUUCCUGCUCUGGAUCCUCUUCGGCUUGAAUGUGGAGGUGGCGGGGUCCCAGCAAGGGAUCCCUCUGUCAGUCGUAAAGCUCUGGGCCUCAGCAUUUGGUGGAGAAAUCAAAUCCAUCUCUGCAAAAUAUUCUGGAUCCCAAUUACUGCAAAAGGAACUGUGGGCUAUCACAGCGCCACGUCCAGGAACCAACUCCAGUUCUGAGGCCAGUGCCUCGGUCAAGGGCAAUAGCAGGAUUAAUCCUAAAAGCCCCGCUGCAUGUCUGUGGGAGGAAAGCGGAACACCCAGAGGUCCACGCAAACAUGGGGAGAGCGUUCAAACUGCAUAUAGAAAGCGGCUCCAGGGUCCAAACCUAGGACCUCCUUGCUCUGAGAAAUAUAAAGAAUUUGAAAAGUCAGUCAGAGUGGAAGAAAUUGAUGGUCUGAAACUGGUGAAAAACCUGGCUGUAAAGAUGGAGGAAGUGUUCCGGAAAAAGGCGGAGGCCACCAGGCGGCUGGUGGAGGCAGCGGAAGAAGCGCACCAUCAGCACGAGGAAAAUCCCGACCUGCAGUAUGAGUACUUCAACGCCGUGCUGAUCAAUGAAGUGGACGAGAUGGGCAAUAACGUAGAGCUGGGAGGAGAGUUCCUCCUGGAGCCCAACGACCAUUUCAAUAACCUGUCAGUCAACCUGAGCCUUAGUGUGGUGCAGGUGCCCACCAACAUGUACAACAAAGAUCCUGACAUAGUGAAUGGAGUUUACUGGUCCGAGGCUCUGAAUAAAGUAUUUGUAGAUAAUUUUGAAAGAGACCCAACACUGAUCUGGCAGUACUUUGGGAGCGCCAAGGGUUUCUUCAGGCAGUACCCUGGAGUGAAGUGGCAUCCAGAUGAACAUGGUGUUAUUGGCUUUGACUGUAGAAACAGGAAAUGGUACAUUCAGGCAGCAACGUCUCCUAAGGAUGUUGUAAUUUUAGUUGAUGUCAGUGGAAGCAUGAAAGGGCUGAGACUGACCAUCGCCAGGCAGACUGUCUCCUCCAUAUUAGACACACUUGGAGAUGACGACUUCUUCAACGUCAUUGCAUAUAAUCAGGAGAUCCACUACGUGGAGCCUUGUUUGAAUGGCACGCUGGUCCGAGCCGACAGAACCAAUAAAGAUCAUUUCCGUGAACAUCUGGACAAGCUGUUUGCCAAAGGGAUCGGGCUGCUGGGUGAAGCUCUGGCCGAAGCGUUCACUAUCUUAAAUGAUUUUAAUCAAACUGGACGUGGCAGCGUGUGCAGCCAGGCCAUAAUGCUAGUGACCGACGGGGCGACUGAAAUGUAUGAUGACGUUUUUGAGAAGUACAAUUGGCCAGAAAGAAAGGUGCGAAUAUUCCCUUACCUGAUUGGCCGAGAGUCUGCUUUUGCUGAUAACCUCAAAUGGAUGGCUUGUGCCAACAAAGGAUAUUUCAGUCAGAUCUCCACCUUAGCAGACGUUCAGGAGAACGUGAUGAGGUACCUUCACGUCAUGAGCCGCCCGAAGGUUAUUGACCACGAGCAUGACACAGUGUGGACUGAAGCUUACGUGGACAGCGCUCUUUCCCAGGCUCAUAAGUUAAAUGAGAAAGCGGGCCCAAGUCUGAUGACUACAGUCGCCAUGCCUGUCUUCAGCACAAAGAAUGAAACGAAGAACCAGGGUAUCCUGUUGGGGGUCGUAGGAACAGACAUCCCUCUGCAGGAGCUGAUGAAGCUUAUCCCCAAACAUAUGUUAGGAAUCCAUGGGUACGCAUUUGCUAUCACAAACAACGGCUACAUCCUGACACACCCGGACCUCAGACCUUUGUAUCAGGAUGGUCAGAAGAGGAGGAAGCCCAACUACAGCAGCGUGGAUCUCUCUGAGGUGGAGUGGGAAGACAAAGAUGAUAUCCUACGCAACGCUAUGGUGAACAGGAGGACAGGGACUUUCUCUAUGGAGGUGAAGAAGACAGUGGAUAGAGGGAGACGUGUCCUGAAGAUGCACAAUGACUACUACUACACUGACAUCAAAGGAACACCAUUCAGUGUCGGCGUAGCUCUCUCCAGAGGUCAUGGAAAGUACUUCUUCAGAGGAAAUGUAUCAGUUGAAGCUGGGCUCCGUGAUCUGGAACAGCCAGAUGUCGCCCUGGCAGAUGAAUGGACUUACUGCAACACAGAGGAGCAGCACGAGCACCGUCACCUGACCCAGAUUCAAGCCAUCAAGCUCUUCUUGACGGGCCGCAGACCACAUCUGAAAUGUGACAGAGAGCUGAUCCAGGAGGUCUUAUUUGAUGCUGUGGUCACUGCUCCACUGGAGGCCUACUGGACUGGACUUGCCCUCAACAAGUCGGAGAACUCAGACAAAGGAGUGGAGAUUACCUUCCUGGGUACACGCACCGGCCUGUCGAGAACCAACCUGUUUGUACCCGGCGAUCAGCUCUCCAAUCAAGAUUUCCUGACAGCGGAGGACAAGGAAGGUGUAUUUAAUGCUGAUCACUUCCCUCUGUGGUACAAGAGAGCGGCAGAGCAGGUCCCCGGCACAUUUGUCUACUCCAUCCCUUUCAGUACAGCUUUAGAAAAUAAGAGUGUGGUUUUGGCCAGCACAGCAAUCCAGCUCCUCGAUGACAGAAAGUCUCCUAUUGUCGCAGCUGUAGGGAUCCAAAUGAAACUUGAGUUCUUUCAGAGGAAGUUCUGGACUGCCUGCAGACAGUGUACAGCUCUUGAUGGAAAAUGUAGCAUUAGCUGUGAUAACGGGGACAUUAACUGUUAUCUCAUUGACAACAACGGCUUCAUUCUUGUCACAGAGGAGCAAUCUCAGACAGGGCUCUUCUUUGGAGAGGUGGAGGGUGCUGUUAUGAACAAACUUCUCCAAAUGGGGUCCUUCAAAAGGAUCACGCUGUUAGAUUACCAGGCCCUUUGCAAAGAGUAUGCUGGGAGCAGUGACAGUGCACGCACUUUAUCAGAUCCCUUCUCUGUUGUUAGGUGGCUCCUGACUGAACUUGUUAUUUUUCUGCUAGAAUUUAACCUGUACAGCUGGUGGAAUGUCGAUCUUUCAGUUAAAGCUCAGAGAUCUCGGGGUAAAACAAUGAUGGUGCCAUGUGACACAGAAUAUCCUGCCUUUGUCUCUGAACGCACCAUUAAAGAAACAACGGGCAACAUCGAAUGUGAAGGCUGUGUCAGAUCUUUUGUCAUACAGCAGAUUCCCAGCAGCAACCUCUUCAUGGUUGUUGUGGACAAUAAGUGUGACUGCAGCAGUGCUCCUCCAGUAACCAUGGAUCCCAUUGAGAUCAUGUACAACGAGUCACUAAAAUGUGACAGACUGAAGUUUCAGAAGGACAGAAAGAAGCCUGAAUCGUGUCAUCCUUUCCACCCUGAGGAAAAUGCCAUGGAGUGUGGUUCAGCAACACGCCUCUCCAGUGCUCUGACAGCAGCACUGCUCCCUCUGAUAGCAGCGACCAUCAGCAGGUGACCAGCAGCAUAGGUGGACAUCAGUAAGGACUAAAUCAACAAGAAGAUGCUUAUAAACACAUAGAGAACAUGGCCA